CCCACGGCAUCUUCGGUUAGUUGGCACAAAGGCUUUACCCCUUCGCGUUUCUUCACCGGAUUUCACACUGUUCCGCCCGGGGAUUCAGAUCGAUACCCUAAUUGGGGGCAAAACCCAAUCGCAGCCCUAAUCCAUCGCGCGAUCGGGGGUUUUCCUGGGGAAAUAUGUGAUUCAUCGAAGGAUUCUCGCACAAGCCGCAUAGGUUUCAGUUGGUAACUCGGGCAAGAAUUUUCUAGGGUUUCUUCCUGGGCUGGGGAUUUCGCACAUGAAGGACCCAUUUGAUCGGACGAAGAUCGUGCUCCGGCAUCUGCCGCCGUCGAUCUCGCAGUCGGCGCUGAUAGAGCAGAUCGACGAGAGGUUCUCCGGCCGCUACGAUUGGUUGUGCUUUCGCCCCGGCAAGGCCAGUCACAAAAAUCAGAGAUAUUCUCGAGCCUACCUCAAUUUCAAACGACCAGAAGUUGUGGUUGAGUUUGCUGAGUUCUUUGAUGGACACAUCUUUGUCAAUGAGAAGGGUGCUCAGUUUAAGGUGCUUGUAGAAUAUGCACCUUCGCAACAUGUUCCAAAGCCAUCAUCCAAGAAGGAUGGUCGUGAAGGGACUAUAUCCAAGGAUCCUGAAUAUCUGGAGUUUCUCGAGCAUCUUUCAAAGCCUGAGCAUCUUCCAAGUGCUGAGAUUCAGUUGGAAAGAAAAGAAGCAGAAAGAGCAGGUGCUCAAAAGGAGACGCCCAUAGUCACACCUUUGAUGAAUUUUGUUCGGCAAAAAUUAGCUGCCAAGAAUGGUGCUCAGAGAUUAGCUGAUUAUGGAAAACUUAGCAAAAGAGCUAUUGGAGUUAUUAAACGGGGUUCAGAGAAGCGAAGAUUGUCCACUUCAAUGUAUGUAUUAAGGGAUAGUAGAAAGAACGGAAGUGCCAAAGACAAAGCAACAUACAUUUUAAUGCCGAGGAGAGAAGAGCAGCAGCUUCCAGAUAAAUCUAUUGCUGUAGCUUCUGCAAGUGGUGCAGAAGCAUUAGAAGAUGAAUUUGAUUUUCCAGUAACUGUCUCGAAUGGAUUAACCUCUAGAGCUGUUGAAGCUGGGAAGAGCAAAAUUGUGCUUUUGAAAGGAAAGGAGAGAGAAGGUUCUCAUGCAUCUGGUGGCUUAGUGCAGCAGCAGAAUGUAACAACUACAGUAAGAAGCUCACCUACCUUGACUUCUAAACAGAACCAGCGACUUGAGGCUAGUGGGAGAAUUAUUAGAACCAUACUUUCUAAUGAAGGGGGUCAGUCAUAUAUGGCUUCCUCCCAGCCCGAGCAGCAUAUGCAUACAACAAACUUGGAGAAGGACAAGCGCCCAGCUCGGCCUCCCAGCGCACGCUCAAUUUCAAAGGAUCGUGUCUCUAGUAGCUCUUCACCUGCAUCUAUUUCUGAUAGUGGUGACAAAAGAUAUAUAGAUGAUAUGGUUGCUAUGAGCUACAAGCAUGGUUCUGUAUCCAUUAGUGACAAGCAUGAAAAGCGUACUAGGAAUAAAGAUAGACCUGAUCGUGGUGUUUGGGCUCCCCUUCGUCGCUCGGACAGAUCUCAAUCAAAUGAUGGAACUCUUUCUUCAUCUUCUGAAGCUGCACAAAUUUUGGUGGAUUCUUUAGAAAAUGUCUCUAUGUCUCAACAAACAGCUGGUAUUAAAGUAGCAGAUGAUAAUGUGGUGGUUUGGAAUGCCCAUGACAUGCCAAUAGGUCAAGGGGAGAGAAAAUCUGAUACACCUAGUGCAAGCAGAACCGAAGAAAUGAAAAGUCAUGGAGGUGCACAUGUCGGUCUUUCUAUAGUAGAAAAUGGUUCACAUAGGCAUGUUGGCCGCCGAGGACCAGCACGUGCUUCGAAGGAUGCAGAGAGCUCUUUGAGUAUAUCUGAGGUGAAACAUUCCAAGAGGGGUUCUUCUGGCUAUGGUUCCCAUGAGAGACAAGUAUGGGUUCAAAAGUCAGGCUCUGCUUCAUAAAUUUUCUAUUGAAUUAUAUACUCUGGCACAGGUUUUACCAGACUGCGGAAGCAUUUUGGUUUUGACAAUCAGUCUUCAUCAAUUUUUUGAUCUCGUAAGGUGCCAUAACAGGAAAGCCUGUUCUGUACAUGGUGUUGAAGUAUGCCAUUGCUAAAUUGUUCCCAUUAGAAAUCACAGCUCCAGUCGAAACAAGAGCAGCAUGCAGUUUAUGCUCUAUGAAUUGGAGGGAAAUAUGGGUUGCUCAGGUGUAACUGUAAAGUUCUCCCAGUAGAUAGUAGCUAAAUGACAGUGGUUGUGAUUAUCCGUUUGAAAUUUGAAGACGUAAAUCUACCUGUAAGCAACGAAGCAAUCUUUGUUGGCUAAAUAUUUUGGCACGGAGUUGUCAGACAGAGAUUCUUCUCAAGCAUUUUUUGCCGAAGAACCAGGAGGGGAUGUUGCAUGACGGUGCUUGGCAGAAAUGUAAAUGUAUUAGGAAAAAAUGGGUGAAUGUAGCUUUUACCACUAUCUUGAAAACAAAGUAUGAUAUGAUAUAGCUGUGGAACUUGGUCCAGCAAAUAAAAGUUGGUUUUGUGAUAGUUAGAAAUUCAGAGUCAGCCCUCUGAUUUGGCUGCUGGCAUUGGCCAAGAAGCUGGCUGUGGAGAGAGAGAGGGAGAGAGAGAGAGAGAGGGUAAGUAGCUAACGAAAUGGAUUGGCUGUCGGUUCAAGUCCUUUGCUGUGUGUAUGUAUGAAAUGCUGCUCGAUUGAUAUAUAUAUAUAACUCAGUUUCAGGUCUUCCCUGGUA